AUGGAGGAUCAGCGCAGGCCGAGUCAUGCCGCGGGAUAUCCAGCCUCGGCCGACACCGAGCGCGGCGGCAACUUGGCUGCCGCCGACACCGAGGGCGGCAGGGCACUGGCUGCCGCAAGGCGUGGCCAGCGCCGUCUCGGCCUCAGGGAAAAGCCAGCGCGCACCAAGAGAAAUCCGGCCUCUGCCGACAGUAGAGGCCGCCGGUCCUUCGCCGCCGCCGACGAGAAGUUCGGACGUUCCGCGGGACAUUCGGCCACAGCCGACAUGGAGGGCCGCCGGCCCUUCGCCGCCGACGAGAAGUUCGGACGCGCCGCGGGAUAUCCAGGCUCUGUCGACACCGACGGCGGCAGGGCGCCGGCUGCCGCAAGGCGGGCCUAG